AAGUCCUAACCGAAACACACACUUGUCAUUUCUUCCUAAAAAGCUCCCCUCAAAAACCCAAAUCCAUCUCCUUUAAAACACUCAUUGUUCGUGGAAUUUAUUGUUCAUGGAAUUUAACUAAAAACUCACAAAAUCUCACCAUUUCGAGCUCUGAUCUUGCAUAGGUACUCCUUUGAUACAUCCAAGUGCGAAGCUCAAUGGAUCACAGUUCAGACGAGGACAUUGAUGCAAGCGGAUCUGAUUCUGAAAUGGAUGAGUAUGAAAAUGAAGCAUAUGAAGAACUGAAGGACGGGAAGCUCCGAGUGAAAAUUUCUGAUGAGACUUUUGCUUGCCCCUUCUGCCCCCAGAAGAAAAGGCAAGCUUGCCUUUACAAGGACCUCUUGCAGCAUGCUUCGGGGGUAGGCAAGAGUAGGUCACAGAAAAGAAGUACCAAGGAGAAGGCUAAUCACCUGGCACUGGUGAAGUAUUUGGAAAAGGAUUUAACAGCUGCAGGCAGAACAUCAAAACCUGUGGGUGAGACUGAUCCUCACAGUGAUUGUAGCCAUGUGGAGAAAAUGGAUGUAAGCCAAUCUGAAAUGGAUAACUGUGAAGAUAAAUCUUAUGAAGAACUGAAGAAUGGAAACCAUCAAGUGAAAAUUUCAGAUGAGACUUUUACUUGUCCGUACUGCCCCACCAAGAAGAGAAAGCGUGAUUACGUAUACCAGGACCUCCUCCAGCAUGCUAAUGGGGUGGGAAAGAGUUUGUCAGAGAAAAGGACUGCCAAGGAGAAGGCUGAUCACCUCGCAUUAGUUAAGUACUUGGAAAAGGAUCUAGCAGCUGCAGGCAGUUCAUCAAAACCAGCAGGCAAGACUGAAAAUCUUAGUAGUUGCAGUCAGAACGACAAGUUUGUGUGGCCCUGGACAGGUAUUGCGGUUAACCUACCUACUAGGAGGGCUGAGGAUGGGCGAUUUGUUGGAGAAAGUGGGUCUAAAUUCAGGGAUGAGUUGAAAAGUAGAGGGUUUAACCCGACAAGAGUUCAUCCUCUGUGGAAUUUUCGUGGUCAUUCAGGAACUGCCGUUGUGGAAUUCAACAAAGACUGGCCUGGUUUGCACAAUGCCAUUUCAUUUGAAAAGGCUUAUGAGGCAGAUCAACAAGGGAAAAAGGAAUGGUUUGCUAGUAGUGGGGAAAAAUCUGGUAUCUAUUGUUGGGUUGCACGUGCUGAUGAUUAUAAUUCGAACAAUAUUAUUGGAGAACACCUAAGAAAAAUUGGUGACGUUAGAACAAUUUCUGAUCUCAUAGAGGAAGAAGCCCGAAAACAGGACAAGCUUGUAUUCAAUCUCACCAAUGUUAUUGAGACCAAGAAUAGGUACUUGAAAGAGAUGGAGUUGAGAUGUUCAGAGACUUCAGCCUCCCUCAACAAGUUGGUUCAAGAAAAAGAGAAGCUUCUUCAUGCUUAUAAUGAAGAGAUAAGAAAAAUUCAAACGGGUGCAAGGGAUCACUUUCAGAAGAUAUUGAAUGACCAUGAAAAGAUUAAGUUGCAACUAGAAUCUCACAAAAAAGAGCUUGAGAUGCGUGGAUCAGAAUUGGAGAAGCGUGAAGCCAAAAAUGAAAGUGACAGACGAAGUCUUUCUGAAGAGAUUGAAAAGAAUGCAGUUAGAAACAGCUCACUUGAGUUAGCUGCUUUGGAGCAACAAAAGGCUGAUGAGGAUGUCUUAAAACUAGCUGAAGAUCAGAAGAGACAAAAAGAGGAACUUCACAAUAGAAUCAUUAGAUUGGAAAAGCAACUGGAUGCAAAACAAGCACUGGAGUUGGAAAUAGAGCGGCUCAGAGGGGCAUUAAAUGUGAUGAAGCACAUGGAGGAUGAUGGUGAUGUAGAAGUUCUGAGAAAGAUGGAUGCGAUAAUAAAGAAUUUGAGAGAAAAGGAAGGAGAACUCAAUGAUUUAGAAGCUCUUAACCAAACUCUUAUUGUAAGGGAACGCAAGAGCAAUGACGAGCUUCAGGAUGCCCGCAAAGAACUAAUUAAUGGCUUGAAAGAAAUAUCAAAUCGAGCUCAUAUUGGUGUAAAGAGAAUGGGAGAACUUGACAGUAAACCAUUCCUUGAAGCAAUGAAGAGAAAAUAUAACAAUGAAGAAGCAGAGGAUAGAGCUUCAGAAAUUUGCUCAUUGUGGGAGGAAUAUCUUAAAGAUCCAGAUUGGCAUCCUUUCAAAGUUGUUAUGGUUGAUGGGAAACAUCAGGAAAUAAUUGAUGAAGAAGAUGAAAAAUUAAGCCGCCUGAGGGAUGAGAUGGGUGAUGAAGCUUGCAUGUCCGUGACGACAUCCUUAAUUCAGGUAAAUGAAUACAACCCCAGUGGCAGAUAUAUAAUCUCAGAGUUGUGGAACUACAAAGAAGGGAAAAAGGCUACCCUGGGAGAGGGAGUCUCAUUUUUAUUGAGCAGAUGGAAAGCACUUAAGCGCAAGAGGGAAGGUUGAAGGAAAGAACUAAUCAACUGCCGAGAUGGAGCGACGAGCCCAAAACUGGAAGACCUGUUAUCCGGCAACCAGGAAAUAAAUCAAUCUGCCAAGUGAUUGGCUGGUUUAAGGUACGAGAUACCUAUUCUGUGUAACAUAUUGAACUUGGUUUUCCGCUCUCAUUGGAUGUCUUGCUCAGAAUAAACUGUCAUGUGCUAGCAUGCGGAAUUGGUGUCGGACAAUUUUCAUAAAGAUGUGGACUUAAGUUUGACCCUCCUGGUCUUCAAAAAGUAGAAUGUGCAUUUUCAGGUGUCCAUUCCCACAGUGUUUGCUGUAAGGCAUACUACACCUUACAGUUUUCUGAAGGUAGGAUAAUAGUAGUGGUCACAUUCUUCUAACCUUGUAUGUGCUUGUGAGUUUUGUUCCUGCAGAUGCAGCAAAACAGCAGACAUCCUUUGAUUGCUGAAAUUGUAUUUUAAGAACUCUUUAAUGGGCAAUUAUUUCUUAGCAUAA